GUUACCGCCGAUCGCCUCCCCCCCAGCUGGGGAGGGAGGGAGCCGUCACGUGGCGGGGAGGAAAACCCGGCAGCCUGGGGAGGGCAGUAGCAGAGCGUGAGGAGGUCAGACGGCAGACGGCAGGAGGAGCUGGAGCGCUGAGGCUGGUAGUUUCCCUAGGUUCCUCCUGGCGGAUUACACGGCGAGGGGAAGCAAAUGCACCGAGGAGGCGAGCUGGGCGCUGAGCAGUCGCCUCUGCAGCUGAAGGCUCAGAACAGUCUCUCUCCAGGGGGAGACUUUGCAUCAGUUUAGCCGCACGUCCGGCACAGGAGGCAGGCGGGGUGCGCUGUUUGGAGACGGGGUGACUAGCUGCGGGAGAGGACUCCUUUCCAGCCAUGCUCAGGCUGGGCUGCAGGGCGAUGCAGACGGGACCGUGGCUCCCUACCCUACCGUGAAGGCUCCUAUGGGGGAUUUCCCCUCUGCUGGGAGGCGCGGCCAGGUGGCCCCAGCCCCGAUGGAGCCGGAGGAGAGGAAGAUCUCGGUGUGGCUCUGCCAGGAGGAGAAGUUGAUCUCUGGCCUCUCCAGACGCACCACUUGCUCCGACGUGGUGCGGGUGGUGCUGGAGGACAACAGCCAGCGGCAGCAGCUGGCCGCCCUGCAGGAGUCCAGCGGGGGGAUGCUCUCGGGCCCCCCCGAGUCCUACUGCAUCGUGGAGAAGUGGAGGGGCUUCGAGAGGAUCCUGCCCAACAAGACCAAGAUCCUGAGGCUCUGGGCUGCCUGGGGGGACGAGCAGGAGAACGUCCGCUUCGUGCUGGUCCGCAGCGAGGCGUCCCUGCCCAACACGGGGCCCCGCAGCGCCGAGGCCAGGGUGGUGCUGAGCAAGGAGCGCCCCUGCCAUGGCCUCGGGGCGGCCCGGGCCAGCCUGGCGCUCACGCAGGAGAAGCAGCGCCGGGUGGUGAGAAAAGCCUUCCGGAAACUGGCCAAGAUCAACAAGAAGCGGCAGCAGCCGCUGGCCAAGGAGGCGUCCUCGGCGGAGAGGAUGGAGACCCUGGUGCACCUGGUGCUGUCGCAGGACCACACCAUCCGCCAGCAGAUCCAGCGGCUCCGGGAGCUGGACCGGGAGAUCGACAGGUACGAGGCUAAGAUCCACCUGGACCGCAUGAAGCGGCACGGCGUGAACUACGUGCAGGACACCUACCUGGUGGGGGCCAGCAGCUGCGAGCUGGAGGCGAGCCGGGAGCUGGAGCCGGGCCCGAGCCCGGACGGGGCGGCUGGGCAGCUGGAGGAGUACGCGAGGAAGUGCCAGGAGGUGCUGCAGCUGCAGGAGCAGCGGACGCGGCAGGAAGAGCUGCUGGAGCACCUGGCCAGCGAGAUCCAGGAGGAGCUGAACGAGCGCUGGAUGAAGCGGCGCCGGGAGGAGCUGGCCGCGGCCAAGGGCUCCAGUUCCAGCCUGUCCGAGCCCGAGUGCAACACCACGGAGCUGAGCGGCGGGGCCGGCAGCGAGCGCCACGUGGAGCAGGAGCGCGUGAAGACCCAGCUGAGCACCAGCCUCUACAUCGGGCUCCGGCUGAGCACGGAUUUAGAGGCGAUCAAAACGGACCUGGAUUACACGCAGCGCGCCCGCGAGGACAAGGAGCGGGAGCUGCAGCGCCUGCUCGAGACGCUGAACACCUUGGACUUCGCGGAUACCCAGGCGGCAGCUCAGAUCCUCCUCCCCGAGGACCGCGCUCCCGGCAGCCCUGCCUUGCACGAAGCUGGGCUGGGGACUCCAGUGGGCAGCUCAGACCUCUGGGAUGGCCAGGCCAGGGGGCGGUGCAAGGCCUGCGAGGAGAACGAUGAGGACUCGGAUACAGGACUGAGCUCCAUGCACAGCCAGGACUCUGACUCUGUCCCAGUCUGUGAAUCGCUGGUAUAGCGGCCU